UUGCUGAGAACUAGGCUGCCGCUGCCCGGGUCCUAACAGCAGCGUAAAGCCGUUAUUGAUGCCAAAGGGCUUUAAAAAUACACCCAAGAGAAAGUCCCCUCCUAACUCAAGCCUAUUAGAAGCACCAACGAUAUCAGCGCUGCUCUGUUUAUUUUGGAACAAGGGCAUCAGUUGCUAGCAAGUGUCACAGGAGAGCUUGCUGCAUGAAUGAACCAGGAAGAAUAAGAGCUGCUUCAGAGAGAGAAUCCCAGCCGCGCUUUCUCCUCCUGCAGCUCUGAAGUGUGGGAGGGAGACACACAUACAGAAAGAGAGAGAGACAAAAAUCCCAGCUCUUGGGGAGAUGAGAAGCAGAAGCAACUCUGGAGUCCGCUUGGAUGGCUAUGCCCGACUGGUUCAACAGACCAUUUUAUGUCACCAGAAUCCAGUUACUGGACUGCUUUCGGCCAGCACGGAGGAAAAGGAUGCUUGGGUCCGGGACAAUGUCUACAGCAUUCUGGCUGUGUGGGGUCUGGGAAUGGCUUAUCGGAAGAAUGCAGACCGGGAUGAGGAUAAGGCAAAAGCCUAUGAACUUGAGCAGAAUGUUGUGAAACUGAUGCGGGGACUUUUGCAAUGUAUGAUGAGACAGAUGGAUAAAGUAGAGAAGUUCAAAUACACACAGAGUACCAAGGACUGCUUGCAUGCCAAAUAUAAUUCAGCCACUUGUGCCACAGUAGUAGGAGAUGACCAGUGGGGACAUCUACAAGUAGAUGCAACUUCCCUUUACCUGCUCUUCCUAGCACAGAUGACUGCGUCAGGAUUGCAUAUUGUAUUCACCCUUGAUGAAGUUGCCUUUAUACAGAAUCUUGUUUUUUACAUAGAAGCUGCCUAUAAAGUCGCUGACUAUGGAAUAUGGGAACGUGGUGAUAAAACCAAUCAGGGCAUCCCUGAACUGAAUGCAAGCUCUAUAGGCAUGGCCAAGGCUGCCCUGGAAGCAAUUGAUGAACUAGACCUUUUUGGAGCCCAUGGGGGGUGCAAGUCUGUGAUUCACGUCCUUCCUGAUGAAGUUGAACAUUGCCAGUCUAUUCUAUACUCCAUGUUGCCAAGGGCAUCCACGUCAAAGGAGAUUGAUGCUGGACUCUUGUCCAUUAUUUCUUACCCAGCUUUUGCAGUGGAAGACGUGAACGUUGUUAAUGCAACCAAAAGUGAAAUCCUCACCAAACUGCAAGGGCGUUAUGGCUGCUCUCGCUUCCUUCGAGAUGGAUAUAAAACACCAAGAGAGGAUCCAAACAGGUUACACUACGAUCCUGCUGAGCUCAAACUGUUUGAGAAUAUAGAAUGUGAGUGGCCAGUGUUCUGGACGUACUUCCUAAUUGAUGGAGUGUUUAAUGGGGACAAAAUUCAGGUUCAAGAGUACAGAGAGGCCCUGGAGGGAAUAAUUAUUAGAGAAAAGAAUGGAAUUCUUCUGAUGCCAGAGUUGUAUGCUGUCCCUCCAGACAAGGUGGAUGAGGAGUAUGAAAAUCCUCACUCAGUGGAUCGUGUCCCAGGUGGAAAGUUGCCUCAUCUGUGGGGCCAGUCUUUAUAUAUCCUCAGUUCCCUAUUAGCAGAGGGGUUUCUAGUUACUGGUGAAAUUGAUCCCUUACAUAGGAGAUUUUCAACUGCUUUUAAACCUGAUGUUGUGGUGCAAGUAACUGUCUUGGCAGAAUCAAAUGAAAUUAAGGAAAUCUUGAGACACCAUGGAAUCAUUGUUCAGAGCAUUACAGACAUCUAUCCAAUCCGAGUGCAGCCAGCACGGAUCCUGAGUCACCUUUAUGCCAAGCUUGGCCGAAACAAGAGCAUGAACCUGAGUGGCCGGCCUUACCGACAUAUUGGUGUGCUUGGAACAUCCAAACUGUAUGUGAUACGGAAUCAAAUAUUUACUUUUACCCCUCAGUUUACUGAUCAUCACCACUUCUACCUGGCUCUAGACAAUCGGAUGAUUGUGGAGAUGCUCAGAACAGAGCUGGCUUACCUCACCUCUUGCUGGAGGAUGACUGGAAGACCAACCCUCGCUUUUCCCAUCACCCACACCAUGCUCAUCGAUGAUGGCUCUGACCUUGAUCCAGCAGUGCUUGCAACCAUAAGAAAAUUAGACGAUGGGUAUUUUGGAGGGGCAAGGGUAAAGCUAGGCAAACUGUCAGAUUUUCUUUCCACCUCAUUCUAUACGCAUCUGAGCUUCCUGGAUCCAGACUGUGACGGAAAACUGUUCGAUGAUUCUAAUGAUGGCUGUGAUAGUCCUGAAAGUGGAUAUGAAUUAGAAAUGUAUCCAGAUGAUUUAUUUGACAAAGAAAGCCAAGAUGAGCUGGACCAGUAUAUAAACGAUAUGCUGCAAAGCACAGUGCAUAAGUCCUACCUGCCUCCAACUUCAAAGGAAGCUAAUCAGCCUCAUAUGUUCAGUGCUGUUCACUCCAUGCGAGAGAUACUGUCAAUAAUGGCCAAGGCAAAGGGUUUGGAUGUUCCAUGCGCUUCGAUGACUCUUCCAACUAAAGUUUUGAACACUCACCGGAAAUCUCUGAAUCUCGUUGAUUCCCCACAUCCUCUUGAAGUGCAGGAUCCUGAAGCUGUUUUGCACUUACCCAAAGAUGAUCAUGGUGAUUUGGAUUGUGAGAAGUUAGUUGAACAGCUGAAGGAGUGCCCAACUCUACAUGAUCAAGCAGAUAUAUUAUACGUCUUGUAUAUAAUAAAAGGCCCAGACUGGGAUACAGAGCUGAAUGGCCAGUAUGGAGUCACCAUUCAUUGUCUGCUCAAUGAGCUCUACAGCAAGGCAGGCCAGAACCAAGAGUGGGGGUUAAUUCGUUACAUCUCUGGCAUACUCAAAAAGAGAGUGGAAGUUCUGGCUGAGGCAUGCACAGACCUUCUGUCACACCACAAGCAACUUACAGUGGGUCUGCCACCUGAGCCGCGUGAAAAAACUAUUACCGCCCCUCUGCCACCUGAAGAGUUGUCAAAGCUUAUUUAUGAAGCCAGUGGGCAAGACAUCAGUAUUGCAGUCCUUACCCAGGAGAUAGUGGUGUAUUUGGCUAUGUACGUCAGGUCACAGCCCAGCCUUUUUGCAGAGAUGCUCAGACUCCGCAUUGGACUAAUAAUUCAGGUGAUGGCUACUGAGCUGCUUCGCAGUUUGAACUGUUCAGGUGAAGAAGCCUCAGAAAGUUUAAUGAAUCUAAGCCCCUUUGAUAUGAAAAAUCUCCUGCACCAUAUUUUGAGUGGGAAAGAGUUUGGCGUUGAAAGAAGCAUGCGGCCUCUAGAUUCCUCUACCUCCAGCCCUGCAAUUUCUAUUCAUGAAGUGGGGCACACUGGAGCAACUAAAACAGAAAGAAGUGGCAUUACUAGACUGAAGAGUGAAAUGAAACAGAUGAAUAGGAGGUCAUCUGCUGAUGAAAAGUUCUUUUAUGGGGGCCAUUCCAUGUCCAGCAGCAUGCAUGCUUCCAGGUUCACGAGGGGCAGUAUUCCAUCAUCUCCCACUAGGACUUCAUCUCCUACAGGGUCUACUGUAAAUGACAUCAGCUGGGGUGAUCGCCAAGGGCAAUGGCUCCGCAGAAGAAGGCUUGAUGGUGCCAUUAACAGAGUUCCUGUAGGGUUCUAUCAAAAAGUAUGGAAAAUCCUUCAGAAGUGCCAUGGCCUGUCCAUUGAUGGCUAUGUCCUUCCUUCUUCAACUACAAGAGAGAUGACCCCUUGUGAAAUCAAGUUUGCUGUGCAUGUGGAGUCAGUGCUGAACCAUGUACCCCAGCCUGAAUACAGACAGCUGCUGGUGGAAGCUAUUCUUGUUCUCACACUGCUGUCGGACAUAGAGGUGACCAGCAUUGGGGGCAUAAUCCAUGUGGAUCGAAUAGUGCAUGUGGCUAACGAUCUAUUUCUUCAGGAACAGAAAUCACUUGGAGGAAAUGAUGACUUCUUGGAGCGAGACCUCGCCACAGGAAUUUGCCACUUUUUCUAUGACAGUGCUCCAAGUGGGGCAUAUGGAACUAUGACAUACUUAACGAAAGCUGUAGCCACCUAUUUACAGGAUUUCCUGCCUAGCACAGGCUGCCUGAUGCAAUAGGCUAUGCCUCUUGAUAAAAAAAAAAAGUAAAGAUUCGGAAGCUCUUUUUCCCCCUCUCCUCUCUCUUCCCUAUCCAUAUCUCUUUCAGAUGGUGAACAUAUAUCUUUCACUCCACAGAAUUUAAACACCACUCAUCAUGUGUGAGCACCAGUCUGUAGGGGAGGGCUGAACAAUGAAGAUGGAAUUUGGCCUAAUUCUAGAACUAUGAGAAACAAUUACAAUGAGUGAGGCCUAUUCUGCCCUAAAUGCAAUGUGCAAUUUAAAGUAAAUUAUGUAAGAAUUAUGCACUUAUGCCAAGAGGAAAAUAAUUAGUGUAGAGAUGAAAAAAUAUAAAUAGGGAGAUGCACCUCUGGCAUAAAUUCCCAACUACAGAGAGUGUAUUUUUUUUUUGUAUAUUGGAAUUAAUGAACUCUCUUAAGCAUGGCUUCUGUAAGUUGAUGUUGUGAAUAGUUAAAGCACAGUUUAGUGUUAUCCUUCUCUGAUUUAUUCAGUUUCCAGGUGAUACCCAGGCAUUAUUUUUAAUACACAUUGAGCCGGAUUCUGAUCUCACUUACACCAGGGUGAUACAGGAGUAACACCAAUGAAGUCAAGCAUGAGAUCAGAAUUAUGGCUUUCAUAAGUUGGUAGCCUCUCUCUGACGACAUAGCAUCUGCCUUGGGGAAACCUACAUCGUUUGGACCAAUGCAGCUUUGAAGAAGCUGAUCUCUGACUUCCCCUUUUAAUGACAGUUUUAUGCUUAUAAUUGUUCUGGCUAGAUGAAUAAACAGCUGCCUGUAGAUCCAAAAGAUAGCUUUCCUUCACUCAAGCACUCUUUCUAAAUCUUAAUAUCUUGUCUACUGUAAAUGGCCUAGAAGAUGAGAUACAUAAGCAUCAUCCUUCCAGAAUACUAUGUGUACUUACUAGCGGAAGAGUUGAUGUUGUUUCAUGUCCUUUGAUUAGACAGAUGCUCCUUCAUCAAAUGUAAUAGAACCAUUAGUGUUGUUCUCCCUAGUAGAAAAAUCUCUCUCUUUAAACGGCACCAUUAUAAUAUUUAGUACCCUUUAAUGUGUAGGCUCUUGUUUUGUAUUUGUUUAUAUUAAAUAUACAGAGCCACAGUGCUCCCUCCUGUGGCUUAACCCAGGUGAGCUCAAGGUGGAGGAAGACAAUGAUUUCCCCUUGUUGACUUCCACUGAGUGGUGAAGCUUGCUCCUGUGGAAUGGGCUGAACAAGUAUCCACUGGUUCUUAGCUAGAGCCAUGUUAGAGAGGUGAAAUAGUACUGUCAUUUGUUGGUGUAAUUACUGGCCAGUGCACAAUAAACGGUUGGAGUAGAUUCCAAGUGGCAGAUUAGUAAAAGGGUAAGUAGAAACUGUACCAUCCAAUCUCUCAUUUUUACUUAUUAUAAGUGACCUUGAGUGGGAUCUUUCCUUAAGCACCAACACCCUGAUGAAGAAAUGGCCCUAGUGCCGUUAGAACUUUUGAACAGCACUUAUCUGAGUCUUUCUACAGGGAAAUAGUUUUUCCAUCUCAUACAUUUUAAAAUGUUUUCCUAAUUCCAAAAUGUGUUGACAGAAGGAAAAACAGUAUCAUCUGCCCAACCCACAUGAUCUCAAUCAAGCUAGGUGGCAGGAGUCAGAUUCACCCCCCAAACCUGGGUAUAUUGUGAGAUACUACAGUGCACUGCUGCCACAGCAAUGCACAUCCAGACAGUAUUUUGUGCAGGCUGGAGAGAUGAGUGCCCUAGGUCAGAGUUGUCCCUUACAAUGUUUUAGGCUUAGAAAUUUCCCAAAGAGCAAGAGGAUGCACAGCCUUUCUGGAUAGACUGUACAUGGGGGAAGAGGCAGGUGCAUGUGUGCAUAUUACCAAGGCAAAGACUUGUUAAUGGUGUAAGGAGCAGGGAUGUGUAGCUCAAAUGCAUUUGGAAGUCAGUAUCUUAUAUAUGCCCAUUUGCACUUUUGUUUAGUCUUAGCUCUUAGUUUGUGUACAUGUGAUGAGAGAAUGAUUUAGCUCAUUUUCUAAUUAAAAUAAAAAAUGUCUCCAGUUUAAACAGGGCAAGCCUUGCAUUGAAAAGUAAUUUAUACUGUGUAUGCAUGUUCAUAUGUGAGGGACUUAUAUAAGCUCUUAUUUUAUUAGAUUCCGUAUAAAGCUUUGGUAACAUCCCUUUUCAGGUGGAGCUCUUUGAUUGAUUGAGAUGCAAGAAGGUUCUCUCUCAAAUCUGUUUUAAUGUGCUUUUUUUAUUCAGUCUGAGACAUUAACAGUUUAAAAUUUGUAGAACAAGAGAAGACGGCUGAAAUCUGACAUUUGUAUGCUGCUAAAUAGAGGUUUAAAAUAGAUUAGGGCCCACAGCAAAAUACUACCCAUUUACAAAUUCAAAUUUGAGUGUGUAUGUAACUUUUUUU